GCUUCUAAGUCUUUGCGGUCCAAUCUGGCGUACGCGCACAACCUGCAGAGACAGACCCCAUUUUAUUACUCCCUACUUUUCUAUGUUUGUCCAUUUUUUGUGUAUUACUACUUUUUUUUUUCUCCAACCAAUCUCAAUCGUGCAGGCAAACUUCCAUUUUGAUAAAUUAACAUAAGCAGACACAGUCUUAUGUUUAUGUUUUGUUUGUUGCAUCAAACUGGAGCUCUGUGUACCUCUUAAAACCACCUCUGCUUAAACCAAGAAAUUGUGGAGUUUCUGAGGUUAAGGGGGAAAUGAAUAUGGAUGUGAGGAAAAUAGUUGUAAUUGUGGAAGAUUUGGAAGUAUCAAGAACAGCUCUUCAAUGGGCUCUUCAUAAUUUCUUACUUUAUGGGGAUUUAGUGAUACUUCUCCACGUUUUCCCAAAUUUAAAACCCAGAAGCAACAAUAAGAAGCUCAGGAAUCUCCGCCUCAAAGGUUUUCAAUUGGCUCUGACUUUUCAAGAUCUCUGCAACAAUUAUCCCAACACCAAGACUGAGAUUGUGGUCACUGAAGGGGACUCAGAUGGAGGAAAGAUUGCUGCUGUGGUUAGAGAGAUUGGAGCUUCUGCUCUUGUUGUUGGACUUCAUGAUCAUAGCUUCCUUUACAAGAUGGCCAUGGCCGAGAACAAUAUAGCAAGCAAUUUGAAUUGCAAAGUGCUAGCUAUCAAGCAACCAACGUCAUUGACCACUACAAGGAAAAGGACUAUAUCUUUACCUGACAGUUCAACCAACAUGGACUUCUCACAGAUUGAAAUAUCUUCACUGAGUGUCCCUGAAGUUGGCCCACCAAGAAUUCCAUACCAAGUUUGUCCAGACCCUCAUGCUAUUAUUUGGAGAACAGGGAGAUCCAGAAGAUGGACAAUAAGAGAUUAAAUCCAAGAAAUAUUUUCCAUUUCAACGAGGAAUUAUGUAUAUCUGUUGUUAUUAAUUUUUUGAUGGCAACAGUGGUUCUUGAAUUUGAUAGUUUGACCCACACAGCACAGAACAAAGGGAAAAAAAAGGUUUACGAAAUUCAUUGAGUUGAUGGUAAUCUGGUAAAUGAAGAUUCAUAUUCAUGCAAUUUUAGCAAAAAUAGCGAAUGAUUGGCAAGGUUACAAUA